UUCUUUCACAACCACUUUCUCUACUAAUAGCAAAACACUAGGAAAUGGGCAGCUUAGCAAAAUUAUUUUUAUGCCAUUUAAUUUGUGCUACUGCAAUCUUAGUAGCAGCCGGUGAAGAAGCACGGCGAGAAGCUGACCGAGUGACAAACUUGCCGGGACAACCGCCGGUGAGAUUCCGGCACUACGCUGGCUAUGUUAAGCUGAGACCUAACGGUCAAAAAGCAUUGUUUUACUGGUUUUUUGAAGCCCAACAUAAUGUCUCUCAAAAACCUCUAGUUCUUUGGCUCAAUGGAGGACCUGGAUGUUCCUCCAUAGCAUACGGUGCAGCUCAGGAACUUGGUCCAUUUCUAGUUCAGAAAAAUGGAACUGACCUAUUGCUUAACAAAUACUCCUGGAAUAAAGCUGCAAAUUUACUGUUUCUGGAAGCACCAGUGGGAGUGGGAUUUUCAUAUACAAAUAAUUCAAAAGAUUUAGGAAAGCUUGGCGAUGCAGUUACAGCAGAUGAUUCUCAUGUUUUUCUGAUAAAUUGGUUCAAAAGGUUCCCAAAUUUUAAAUCUCAUGAAUUUUAUUUAGCAGGGGAGAGUUAUGCUGGCCACUAUGUCCCCCAGCUAGCUGAGCUCAUCUAUGAAAGAAACAAAGGAGCCACUAAAGAAUCCUACAUAAAUCUCAAGGGUUUUAUGAUAGGAAAUGCUGUGAUAAAUGAUGAAACAGACUUAUCUGGGAUUGUGGAUUAUGCAUGGAGUCAUGCAAUCAUCUCAGACAAGCUCUAUCAAAGUGUAAAGGCAUGCAAUUUGAUGAACGCAGCUGCCAUUGCAAACAAUUGCUCAAACCAUUUCAAAGGUUUCAUGGAAGCUUAUUCUGGCAUUGAUAUUUAUAGCAUCUAUACUCCUGUCUGCCUCCACCAAGCUUCUCCAAAAUCUAAUAACAACUUCCUUGCUGGCUCGCGUCAACUAACCAUGCAUGACCUAUGGAAGAAGGUGCCAUCAGGGUACGACCCAUGUACUGAAAAUUAUGCAGAUAUAUUUUUCAACAGAGAAGAUGUUCAGAGGGCUCUGCAUGCCAAUGUUACCAAACUGCCCUACCCUUAUACCCCAUGCAGCGGUGUGAUUGAAAAGUGGAACGAGCAGGCCGAGACAGUGCUGCCAAUCCUUCACAAACUCAUGAAUGCUGGAAUGCGUAUUUGGGUCUACAGCGGAGACACGGAUGGAAGAGUGCCGGUAACAUCAACAAGAUACAGCAUAAACAAGAUGGGACUAAGGGUAAAGGGCGAGUGGAAGGCAUGGUUUCACAAGAAUCAAGUGGCCGGCUGGGUCGAGACAUACGAAGGCGGUCUGGUUUUGGCUACGGUUCGAGGAGCAGGGCAUCAAGUCCCUCUCUUUGCACCCCAACAAUCUCUCUCUCUUUUCUCUCAUUUCCUUUCUUCUAAACCCCUUCCUUCAUUCUAGUCAUCAAUUAAUAAUACUAAUGUUUUAAUCUUUUGGUUGUUUAUUCUUAUUUAUCAACAAAUUAAAGUAUAAUUGGAUGUUUUAGUUCUUAAUAUUAGCCAAGUUUAAUCUUGAUGGAGUAAA